AGCUGUCCGUGCUCUUGAAAUGUUGUGGCUUCAGUCUGGCACAGAGGAAGAAGAAGAGAGGAUCACUCUGCUGCAGCUAGAACUCAGCAACAUCUCCACAAUGAAGACUUUGCCAGUGAUUGUGAUUGUUUGUGUGGUGAUGACUCUGACUGGAGCUGAUGCUCCUCCAGAAGCAAAGUCCAGUGAUAUUCAAACUGCAAAGAGCCAACUGAUCAAGAGGUCCACACAUUGCCCUGGUUGGUCUGAGUACAAUGGACGCUGUUUCAUCUUCAUUCCUACCCACAUGACUUGGGCUACAGCUGAGAGAAACUGUCGGUCCCUGCGUGGAAACCUUGCAUCGGUCCGUGAUGUCUUUGAGUACCAAGCGAUCCAGAAGGUGAUAUGGAGUAGCACUCAUGCGUAUCCAAAAACAUGGAUUGGAGGCAAUUAUGGUGGAGAGAAGGGUUUCUGGCUGUGGAGUGAUGGGACGCCUUUCCACUAUUCAAACUGGUGUCGUGGAGAGCCCAAUAACCUUGGGGGUCGACAGAACUGCAUACAAAUGAAUUUUAGGGAUUACAAGUGCUGGGAUGAUGAGAAGUGUCAUCUACGCCGUCCAUCUGUCUGUGCCAAGAAAAUUCAAUGAAUCCUGAAACAGAAGAACUUGUCACGAACACUGGAGGACGUGUGCUGAUGUGUGUGUUUUCAUGCUCUUGUUUCUUAAGCUAAUCACUCUGGAGCCUCUUUAUAUUUCUUCUAUCACUGUAACGCAACUAAAGGAGUGAAGCGACAAGUCAAAUCAACAGAAGCUGGUUUGCCUCAGAGGCUUUGUGCCUUUUAAUAAGAACAGACCAAAUGUGUUAUGAAAAGAAUGCUGUUAGCAAAACUUCCUUCUGCACAAUUAACUCGCAUUUACUGAUUUUGGCAAAAUUAAAAGUCUGAAGCAUUAAAAGAAGUGUCUCUGUGAGUGUGUGUUACAUGUCUUGAUUUUAAUGAGUAUUA